UAAUAAUUGCUAAUUUUACUCUUAUUGCUUUUGACGCGGACACGCGCACGCGCGCGCGCACAGAGGGCGGAAAUGCAGCGGAUGUCGGUGAUUUUAAAGCGGAGCUGCAGGAUCACAGCUCUGCUGGCUCGUGAUGGGGAAGCACUUCUUCAGUGAGACGGACAUCAAGAGCGCUUGGGAGCUGGUGUCGACGGCGUUCUGGCAGAGAUACCCGAACCCAUACAGUAAUCACGUUCUGACAGAGGACGUCGUUUUUCGCGAGGUGACGUCAGACAACCGCCUCCUGUCCCGGCGGCUCUUCACAAAGACCAAUCGCAUGCCUCGCUGGGCGGAGCGCUUCUUCCCGGGGAAUCUGUCGCGUACGGUUUACAUCAUCGAGGAUUCUGUCGUCGACCCCGGAAACAGAAGCCUCACCACGCUGACCUGGAACGUGAAUCACGCCACAUUUAUGCGUGUGGUGGAGCGCUGUGUGUUUCUCGGCGAGCGGGAUCGGCCCAUCUGGACACGGAUCACCAGAGAAGCCUGGAUCUCAUCAGGACUCUUCGGCCUUUCCAGACCGAUACAGGAGUUUGGUUUGGCCAGAUUCAGGAGUAAUCAGGCGAAAGCUAUGAAGGGUUUGGAGCACGCGCUGUCAAAUCUACAGAACGCUUCGACCGCAUCUCAUGGAGAUUCUGCGGAGAAACACAAGAACCUGAAUUCAGCCUCCAAAGCCCAGAAACCCCAGCAAUACAUCUGAUCAAUAUAAACAGAGUGAACUUCAUGAAACCUGUCGGGUAACAUAUCCUGGUCACGAGAAAAUCACGCCUAUUUUCAUGUGAUUAUUUUUAUGACAAUUCUCAAGACUGUACGGAAGCUCAUUUACACCAAAUAAGAAAAAACACUUAAUUAUGACAUUAAAAGACAUAAUUAUGACAUACUUAAAUCGAAAUUAUGACAUACAAAGACAAAAUUAUGACACAAAAAGCUGAAAAUCAAAAUUUUGACUUGUCAAU